CAAAUAUUGUAGAAUGGACAAGGUGAUCAACUGCUUCAGUAAGAGACCUGAUGCCAUGGCCAGACUGAUAUGCUUCCCAUGGGCAGGAGGAGGCUCCAUACACUAUGCACGCUGGGGGAAAAUCCUCAGCUCCAUUGAAGGUGAUGAUGAUGAUAAUAAUACAUUGGAUUUACAUAGACUUUUUCAAACACCCAAAGGCGCUUUACAUUAGGUACUAUUAUUAUUAGAGCCCGACGAUAAAUCGAUUGACCGAUAUUAUCGGCUGCUAUUAGCCUUUCACAUAAAUAUUUGUAUCUGUCUUUAUUCCGCAUAUAAAGCACCGAUAUUAUAUACAUAGAAUUAACAAAUAAAGUAUGCCUGCUCAUUUGCUGUCAUUCUUUGAAUUUUUCAAUGGUUGCCUGAAGAUGGCGCUCUACGAGCUGCUCAUUGAACAUCAUUCAGCCCUAAGUCAAGACAUGAGAGAGAGUAGGCAUGGUGGUUUGACGGUGAGUAGCUUGCCACAGCCAGUGACGGCGUAUUUGAAUAGGUAAAUAAUCAAAAGUACACUUCACCAAGCAAGCAGCCCUGUCCUCAUCACAUUCUUACUUAGUUAACGUUAGCUGGCUAGCUAGACAGCAAUGUAGUUAGGCUCUCUCUAGCCAGCAAGAUAUACUACAUGACCAAAAGUAUGUGGACACCUGCUCAUCGAACAUCUCAUUCCAAAAUCAUGGACAUUAAUAUGGAGUUGGUCCCCCCUUUGAUGCUAUAACAGCCUCCACUCUUCUGGGAAGGCUUUACACUAGAUGUUGGAACAUUGCUGCAGGGACUUGCUUCCAUUUAGCCACGAGCAUUAGUGAGGUCGGACACUGAUGUUGGGUGAUUAGGCGUGGCUCGCAGUCGGCGUUCCAAUUCAUCCCAAAGGUGUUUGAUGGAGUUGAGGUCAGGGCUCUGUGCAGGCCAGUCAAGUUUUUCCACACCGAUCUCGACAAACCAUUUCUGUAUGGACCUCGCUUUGUGCACGUGGGCAUUGUCAUGCUGAAAUGGGAAAGGUCCUUCCUCAAACUGUUGCCACAAAGUUGGAAGCACAGAAUUGUCUAGAAUGUCAUUGUAGCGCUAAGAUUUCCCUUCACUGGAACUAAGGGGCCUAGCCCGAACCAUAAAAAAACAGCCCCAGACCAUUAUUCCUCCUCCACCAAACUUUACAGUUGGCACUAUGCAUUGGGGCAGGUAGCGUUCUCCUGGCAUCCGCCAAGCCCAGAUUUGUCUGUCGGACUGCCAGUCGGUGAAGCGGAUUAAUCACUCCAGAAAACGCGUUUCCACUGCUCCAGAGUCCAAUGGCGGUGAGCUUUACACUACUCCAGCUGACACUUGGCAUUGCGCAUGGUGAUCUUAGGCUUGUGUGGCUGCUCGGCCAUGGAAUCCCAUUUCAUGAAGCUGCCGACGAACAGUUAUUGUGCUGGCGUUGCUUCCAGAAGGAGUUUGGAACUCAGUAGUGAGUGUUGCAACUGAGGACAGACUAUUUUUACACGCUUCAGCACUGGGCGGUCCCGUUCUGUAAGCUUGUGUGGCCUACCACUUCGCGGCUGAGCCGUUGUUGCUUCUAGACGUUUCCACUUCACAAUAGCAGCACAGUUGACCGGGGCAGCUCUAGCAGGGCAGAAAUUUGACAAACUGACUUGUUGGAAAGGUGGCAUCCUAUGACGGUGCAACGUUGAAAGUCACUGAGCUCAUUCUACUACCAAUGUUUGUCUAUGGAGAUGGCUGUGUGGGCAUGGCUGUGUACUCGAGUUUGUGUACUCGAUUGUCAGCAACGGUUGUGACUGAAAUAGCUGAAUCCACUAAUGUGAAGGGGUGUCCACAUACUAUUGUGUGUGUGUGUAUGUAUAUAUAUAUAUAUAUAUAUAUAUAAGUAGUUAACCUAGCUAGCAAUCUGUGCUACUUAUGUGCGAACACUGGACUGGCGCCAAAUUGAACACUUACUGUGUGGGCCUAUUAUGUUAGUGGGUUUAUUUAGUUAGUUUUCCGUAAAAAGCUAGAUAGUUGGUGCAGAUCUAUCAUUCGGGUCAUGUGCUUGCAUUCAUGAUAAGAUUGUUGGGUAGAUAGCUAAAUUAGAAGUUGUAUGACCAAAACCAGUGCGGCAAGGACUUUGCUGCAUUAACGUUUUCAGUCAUCAGCGUAUGCCAUUUGCAGUUGAAAUAUACACUGAGUGUACAAAACAUUGACACCUGCACUUCCCAUGACAUAGACUGACCAGGUGAAAGCUAUUAUCUUUUAUUGAUGUCACUUGUUAAAUCCUCUUAAAUCAGUGUAGAUGAAGGGAAGGAGACACGUUAAAGAAGGAUUUUUAAGCCUUGAGACAAUUGAGACAUGGAUUGUGCGUGUGCCAUUCAGAGGGUGAAUGGGCAAGACAAAAGAUUUAAGACAUUUUAACGGGUUAUGGUGGUAGGUGCCAGGCGCACUGGCUCAACAGUUUCCUGUGUAUAUCAAGAAUGGUCCAGCACCCAAAGGACAUCCAGCCAACUUGACACAACUGUAGGAAGCAUUGGAGUCAACAUGGGCCAGCAUCCCUGUGGAACGCUUUUGACACCUUGUAGAGUUCAUGCCCUGACGAAUUGAGGCUGUUCUGUGGGCAAAAAGGGGUGCUACUCAAUAUUAGGAAGGUUUUCCUAAUGUUUUGUACACUGUGACUAGCCAAUACAUGUUGUAUUGAAUAACAGUGUAAUUUACAUUAUGGUUUCAGUAAGAAAACAUUGUUGUAAUGAACAGCUAGCAUGCACUAACCAAGAUCUCAUUGCGAGGUUUCCAUAAAGUGUUUGUUUACAUGACCCAUGACCUUUGACUGUUGUAAAGCACUGCAGUGAAUCUACUCAAAACAAAUGAUGACACCUAGUGGUGACAUUAUGAACUGCAUGUUACUGCAUUUCACUGCAUUGGUUGUGAACAGUGAAGUUUCAGAUUUAUUGAGACAAAGUUUCAUUAAUUCAGCCCUCCUUGUUUAUUAAUUUGCUUGUGGUGCUUCAGCAACAAAACAAUUCUGCAUUCUUAUCCGCUGCCAUAGAUGGACAUAUCUUUAAGUUGUAUUUACUUUAGUAUUUAUGGAGGAUAUAGUAGCUUUUUGAUGUAAACCACAAAUAAUUGUAAUAUUUAGUUAAGAAAUCAUCAUUUAGAGUAUCUGUUAAUCCUUUGGACCACAAUUUGUGUAAAAAAAGGUUGUCUUUCAUUCCACCUCUAAAAAACAAUAUAUUGGUAAUCAGUGACUUUUUCCUCCCUAAAAUCAGUAUGAGUAUUGGACCCAAGAAACCCAUAUCGGUCGGGCUCUAAUUAUAUUUUAAAAAUAGGAUUGGUUUAUUGAAAUUGCAUUAUCGAUUGAUGGCUCCGAAUUCAUGAGCUUUAGGCUUAGUGAAGUGAAAGGAGAAAUAAAAUGUCUGUAAAACAUACACAAUGUAUCUCCCACUUUUUCCUUUGCUAGUGUUUGCUGUUAAACUUCCUGGCAGGGAGGCUCGAGCCAAAGAGCCCUUCUUUCAAAGCAUGGAGCAGAUUGUUGAUGAGAUCAUCAAUGUGCUGCUGCCGGUGCUCAAAGAGAAGCCGUUUGCCCUCUUUGGCCACAGGUACAAGUAGAAAAAUGUCAUCACUUAGUUGUGAAUCUCGUCACCCAGAACAAAUCAGGCUGUCACGAGUACAGUUAGUUUUUGAUGACACAUAGUUACUGAUGGCACUGUUUGAUCUAUAGUCAUCAUCAUCAUGGUCCUUUCUUUCCUGAAGCUACAUUUUAUUGAUCCAAAGUUGUCAGAAUUGUCAUUAUUACCUUUUAUAACUAUUCUGCACUGUCACAGCUUUGGCGCCAUGACCAGCUUUGCUAUAGCAGAUACUUUGAAAAGAGUCCACAAGCUGGAACCAAUUCACAUCUUCCUGUCUGGUGCCUCUGCACCCUACGUGAGUACUGUAAUAGCAAUCAUGUAAAAACGGAACAGCAAUAUACAAUAUAACUUUACUAUGACAUUUGUAUGACAUGCAAUCAUAUGGGCAUUUCUGAUAGCAUUUCAGAAGUUAUCACUUAAUGUACUGACCUAAAGCAGUCAUGCUUUAGUUUUUCCUUUAUUUCUAGUCUGAGAUGCGUAUCCAAGCCCCAAAUAGAAGUGAUUUAUCAGACGAGGAAUUCCUCCAGUGGAUGACCAGGAUUGGUGGGACUCCCCCCGAGUUACUGGCCAAUUCUGAGGUGGUAAAGCUCUUCCUGCCUGCGCUGAAAGCCGACCUCCACGUGGUAGAGAACUACAGGUGGGCAUCUCUGGCUUUGUCACAAUUAUCUCUCCUUCCUCCCAAAGUGUGCACUUUCACUCAUUUGAAAGGAAAUUACUGGUAUAAGAAAUAUGGUGGAAAUUUCCCCUAGCCCAUGCCUCCCAUCAAUCCAAUUAUUUUAGAUUUGUGGACAGUAGUGAACAAGUGCACACUUCAGAAGAUAGGAGAUAUUGUUGGGACGCGCCUUCUAUUAGCAUCACUGGCCUGUACAUGUUAUUUAGCGACAUAUUUGUUACCACUUAUACCAUGGCAUUGUUGAAUACUCGAUUCUGAUUGUCUAGAAGGGCAUUAUAGAGCGUGCAUUAUUUCCUUAUAAUGCACUGUAUAAUUCAAUGGCUAUGAAGUUAAAGAGCAUCUGAACACACCGAUUGGCACGUGUGUUUUUCUGUUGCUCAUUAGAAAAACGAGAUUUCAGUUUUGGAGGUGUGUUUCCUGAUCGAUUCCGCGUUUGGUUAAUAAUGUUUGUCCCCCUUGAGACACUGAAGCCUAUUUCACUUCCUCAAAAUCCCCAGAAUGAAUCUAAGAUAACUCAAGAAAUCUUGAUUAAUUUUGACGUUUCUGUCGAGGAUGUUUUAGUUGCGUAAUUGUUUGGAGUAUUUCUCAAGACAAAAAUUAUCCUAUUUACACUUUGUAGUCAAUUUCGACACUAGAAUAACUGUUUCUGACUAAUCGAUGCCACAUAGCCCGUUUUUAAAGGGAUUUGUUGCUUUUUAAAGGUAGUCACUCUUUAAUACUUACAUGUUCUAUAUUUGAGCUGCUUUUGAAAGCAAAAGUUGAAUUGAAAACUUUAUUGGCAUUGUUGAAUUCGAUUUUCAUUAUAGCAAGCUACUGGAGGACUGAUGGAUUUGGUUAGCUUGCUAGCAAGCCUGUUAUCGCCCAUAUUACAUAUGUAUAAAUUAUUACACAUGUAUAAAUAUGUAAUAAAGAUUGUUCUUGUGUUCCAGGUGCGACAGGCCAGACAGUCCUCUCCUCUCCUGCCCAGUCACAUGCUUCGAUGGAAAGCAGGACAUGCCUCAUGACUUACAAGGUCAGAGUUCUGAUGCGAUGUCUAGCAAUUCUCUCAAUAACAUUUACACUGCUGUAACACCCUGUGAUUAACACAAAUUACAUGACUGUAUGAGUUCUGCACGUGUAUAUAAAAACAUGGCCAAGUGAUGAGCACAGUUCAGCUAAAGGUUCCUGGCGGUUUGUGUAAGGUCUUGAGAGAACUCUUCAUAAAUUCCGUGAUCAUUUUAGAACCUUUUGAAGUUGCUUUAGAACUUUAGUUGUGGAAAAUUGUGAUCUGUUUCCAUCGCAACUUUAAAUGUGUUAUGCGUCUUUCCCUUUUUCUCAUUUAACAGCAUGGAAAGACAUAUCAUCUGGAGAUUUUACAGUGCAAAUGCUACCUGGAGCUCACUUUUAUUUAAAAGAUGCAGCCAAUGAGAAGGUCAUAUUGGACUACAUCACAAAGUAUCUGGAGAUGGCGGAAAUUGACUACUUGUAGCUAUGAAGGGCGCAGUGGCAGUGACACAACCAGUUUUACUUAGUUUUUGAAGAAUAGGAGUCCAAGAAGCAUUUCAACAGUAGUAUCAUUGGUAACAGUCAGGUCACUCACUGCAAUUCCUGCCUACAAAAUAUCAUUCCUUUUUCUAUGCCUUGGAGCAAUAAUGCAAAUGAUGGAAGUAGGGUUUGUUGACCAUGUGAAUCUAGCCAAUGUAAUUAGUAUUUUAAGAGUGAGGUAAGUUGUAUUACAGUUUAAAAUGGAAACAGACAGAUUGCCUGACUAGUCCUCUUUGUAUACCAAUGUCUGCCUCCCAAAUUACACCUUAUUCCCUUUUAUAGUGCACUACU